AUGCAACUUAUCAAGGCUACCGCAAUUCUUGCCCUCGCCGCCAGCUUGGCCGCUGCAGCCCCGGGUUCAAAGGCUGGUAGCGCGGAAAAGCGCCAGACCACCGAGUUCGGUCCUUAUCCCGAAGAUAAGUACACUGAGAAGCGCCAGGCCACCGAGUUUGGUCCUUAUCCUGAGGACAAGUACACCGAGAAGCGUCAAACCACCGAGUUUGGCCCUUAUCCUGAGGACAAGUACACCGAGAAGCACUGA